UAAUUUACUUAUAAUAAGUAUUAAUAUGAAUAUAAUAAACGCAGAUGAAUAAAAUUUCUAAAUUUCUCAGAAUUUAUCAAAAAGUUAUAGAAUUGUUAAAGUUCUUUAGACAUUUAUAUACAUUUAAAAUAUAUGUUCAUUUGUAUGAUGAUGUAAUAUCAUUACACACUAUGCGGAAAUAAUUAAUGAUAAGAAAACCGAGGUUUUAGUCAUCAGCAACAGUAAGUAUAAGAAUAACCGGAAAAGGAAUUUAGAUAAAGGCAGAACGUGCCGAUGGGUUUUUACGAGAGUACCAAUUUGCCGAAUUACGUAGAAAUAUCGUUAAAUAAUUUUUCACGUAAACAGUAAAUUUAUUUAUACUCUAAACAAGAAUGGGUAUAUUUGAAUCUGGACGAUCAGAGGGCUUCCCCUCGAUAUACUCCGCGCACCAUACCCCAGUGACGGUGGACGUGACUGAGGUCAUAUUUAUCACAAUCUUUGUAAUAAUUGCGAUCGCUUUUGUCAGUAUUAUACCGAGUUACCGAAAGAGAAAAAGUAUCAACGUGGCCAUAAAGAUCGGCUUCAGUAUCGUCAUUGGAUGCUUGUUGAUAAUAGAGAACUUUGGGCAGGAAUGGGAAUACGGUUGCACGAAGAGCAAAACACCCUAUCGGGCUGGCGAGGGUCAGGAGAUCGAGGCCGAAAUGGCAGUCAAGAUAGGAUUGAGAUCGGUGAACAUCACGCUGAAAGCCAAACCCGAAGAAGGCACGCCGCUCGCAAAGGAAACGAUCAAUUACAACGAAAGAUUUCCUUGGACGUGGGACCAAGGCAGAAUCGGUUUCGGACCCUAUGCUGGAUUACUGCAAAGAACUUUCCGCGAAGGCCAAAGAAGAGGCUUGCCGAUUCCCAUCUUGUGGAUCGCUGAAUAUUUCGUUAUUGACGGCGAAGGUAUUCGAUACGGAAGGUUUUAUCGAACCGCCGGAUGGUAUUGCCACAUCUUAUUGUGGACAGCCUUCGCCUGCUGGUUACUAGCUAACAUAUUUCUGCAGUCUGUGAUCCGGUACACGGCCUACUUAACCGGGGUAAUCGGUUGUCUGCAGCUGCUAACUUGCAUCGUGUGGGUCCUCGUGCACAAUCCAACUCCGCUCGCGAUUCCUUUCGAGCAUGGAACCAUUCGGAUGGCGUUUGGCUUACACUUCUGGAUGACUUUCGGAUGCGGUCUGCUUUGUCUGUUUUUGGCAAUUCUAAUGAUAUACAUGGAUUUGCGUUAUCCUAAUACGCUGUCCACGUUCUUGGGAAUAGAUCCUCUCGCCGAGUACGAUGAUGUAUAUCAAAGCUGUCAAGUGGAUGACAUACGACGUAACAAUGAUUCGCGUCCUGCGAUCGACUCGAUGGAAAUGGUUCCCGUGUCUACUUCCUCGGAAAACACAAACACGAAGAUGCAAAUGGUAAUGAAAAGACGAUCGACGAUACAAAACGCACAGAAAUCACUCUUCCGCCCGCAAGCAAAAAUGGAAAUCCCUCAGGAUGAGCGAGUUAUUUAUGAAAACAAUAUACCAGAACCAUCCACUUCCGGGAUGAACGCUCCGGCCGGGAUGCCGGAAGUGCACGAUGAGGUUGAAUUCCAACCUCGAUUGCAACCACCGCCCAUUCCAAUGAAGAAGAGAGGAAAAGUCGGUCCCUAAGAAUCAACUGACAGUUCAGUUCCAAACCUCCGGCUGUCCAACAUCAGAACAGAUCGUCAUCUCAAAGGAAGCUCCAUGUAAAUGCCAUGUAUCCAUGUAUUUCUGUUAGCGUAUAAAUACAUAACGAGGAUAAAUGAUGAGUUUUUCGAAAUAAACGAAAUGAUGGAAACG